CCUGGAGGGACGUGCCUUGGCCGCCCUCCUCCCAAGCGCAGCGUCGGUGGCUCCUCGCGGGAUCCGGGACUGGAGCGUCUUUCCUCUCCUCUGCAAAGCCAGGAGGCCCCUGAUUCGUGGGGCUUGGAGGAUUUGAAGCAGGAGUCUGUAGCCCAGCUGGAGGCAUCCUUGGAACAGUAAGAAAGAUGGAAGACCAAGACUCAGCCGGCCUGGAUGGGGAGAAGACCCUCAGCUUAGAUGUGCGGCGCCAGCAAUUCAGAAAGUUCUGCUAUCAUGAGGCCGAGGGACCAAGAGAGGUUUGCAGCCAACUCCACCACCUUUGCCAUGAGUGGCUGAAGCCAGAGAGAUGCACAAAGACUCAGAUCCUGGACCUGGUGAUCCUGGAGCAGUUCCUGACCGUCCUUCCCUCAGAGAUGGAGAGCUGGGUCAGGGAAUGUGGAGCGGAGACCAGUUCCCAGGCGGUGGCCCUGGCCGAAGGUUUCCUCCUGAGCUGGGCAGAGAACAAGAAGCAGGCAGAGCAGCAGGUAAAGGGUCUCUUUGCAAAGGUGGCAGCUAAUUUCACUGAGAGAGAAAGUUCUUCACUGGAUGUGAAAGAGUGCUUCCUGCUAAGGAGAAACGUUCUGGAGAGCAGUGGAGGUGCUGCAUUACUCAGUGAAGAAAUUCUGGUGGCACGACCUGCUCAGCCGUCUCCUGUUCGCAACAGACAGGAAGCAGUUGCUGUGGCACCAGAUCAGGGUCCCGUGUUGUUUGAGGAGGUUGCUGUGGAUUUCACAGAGGAGGAGUGGGCUCUGCUGGAUGCUGACCAAAGGGCACUGCAUAAAAUAGUCAUGGAGGAGAAUUGUAGGAAUGCUUUCUCUCUUGGACAUGAAUGGAAAACCAAAAAUGAGGGAGAACCACAUGGGGUGUUUGCAGAAUGGGACACAUGUAUACAGAGAGAAGCUCAGAGAAGGAAACCUGAAAGGGAAGAAAAGGGGAGGAAUAAGUCCCCUUCUUCUCAUGGCAGUGUGAGCCAUCAAAUCCUGGUCCAAGAAAAUACGCAAAAGAGAAAAGAAGCAAGUACGCGCUUUGUAUAUUGGAGAAGUUUCCCUUCUAAAUCAAGACUGAAAACUCAUUACAAAAUCCACACAGAUGAAAAACAAUUUAAAUGCCUGGAAUGUGGAAAGAAAUUUUCACAAAAGACACAUCUCUCUAUUCACCAAAGAGUUCACACAGGGCAGAAACUGUUCAAAUGCUUGCAGAUUGGAAAGAGAUUCCGUCAGAAGACUGCUCGUCAAAGAACUCACACAGGGGAGAAAGCAUAUAAAUGCUUAGUGUGCGGAAAGAGCUUUCACCAAAAUUAUGUCCUUUUUACUCAUCAGAGGAUCCAUACAGGGGAGAAACCUUUUAAGUGCUUAGCCUGUGGAAAGAGCUUCUGUCAGAAGAUACACCUCACUACUCAUCAAAGAACCCACACUGGAGAGAAACCGUAUAACUGCUUGGAGUGUGGAAAGAGCUUCACUCGGAAGACGAAUCUCACAUCACAUCAAAGAAUUCACACAGGGGAGAAGCCAUAUAAAUGCUUGGAGUGUGGAACAAGCUUUCGUAACACUUCUACCCUUGUUAAUCAUCACAGGAUCCAUACAGGGGAGAAAGCGUUUAAAUGCUUGGAGUGUGGAAAGAGCUUCCGUCAGAAGAAAAAUCUUUCUGCUCAUCAAAGACUUUACACCGGGCAGAAAGCAUAUAAAUGCUCAGAGUGUGGAAAGAGCUUUCAUCGAAAUUCUGCCCUUGUUACCCAUCAGAAGAUCCAUGUAGGGGAGAAAUUGUUCCGAUGUUUGGAGUGUGGAAGCAGCUUCUUAAGGAAGACACAUCUCACUACUCAUCAGAGAAUUCACACUGGGGAGAAACCGCAUACAUGCUUGGAGUGUGGAAAGAGCUUUUCACAGAAGAUCCAUCUCACCACUCACCAAAUAAUUCACACUGGGGAGAAACCGUAUAAAUGCUUGCAGUGUGGGAGGAGCUUCACUCGCAAGUCAAAUCUCACUUCCCAUCAAAAAAUCCACACAGGAAAGAAACCAUACAAAUGUUUAGAGUGUGGAAAGAGCUUUUGUCAAAGUUCAGACUUCAUUACCCAUAAAAGGAUCCAUGCAGGGGUGAAACCAUUUAAAUGCUUGGGAUGUGGAAAGGGCUUCUGUCAGAAGACACUUCUCGCUACCCAUCAAAGAGUUCACACGCAGGAGAAACCGCAUAAAUGCUUGGAUUGUGGAAAGGACUUUCGUUACAGUUCUGCCCUUAUUACUCAUCAAAGGAUCCACACAGGCAAAAAACCGUAUAAAUGCUUGGAAUGCGGAAAGAGCUUCUGUCAGAAGAUAAGUCUCAUUUCUCAUCAAAGAAUUCACACAAGGGAAAAACCACAUAAAUGCUUGAAAUGUGGAAAGAACUUUCGUCACAGUUCAGCCCUAACUACCCAUCAAAGGAUCCAUACAGGGGAGAAACCAUAUAAAUGCUUGGAAUGUGGAAAGACCUUUCGACACAGUUCUGCCCUAACUACCCAUCAAAGGACACACACAGGGAAGAAACCAUAUAAAUGCUUGGAAUGUGGAAAGGACUUUUGUCAGAAGAUAAAUCUCACUAGUCAUCAAAGAAUUCACACAGGAGAAAAGCCAUUUAAAUGUUUGGAGUGUGGAAAGAGCUUUGGUCAGAGGGCUUACCUUACUUUCCAUCAGAGAAUCCACAAGGGGGAGAAACCACAUAAAUGCUUGGAGUGCGGAAAAAGCUUCAUGCAGAAGAGAAGGCUCACUUCCCAUCAGAGAAUACAUACAGGGGAGAAACCGCAUAAAUGCCCAGAAUGUGGAAAGAGCUUCUGUCAGAAAGCAGAUCUCACUAUUCACCAAAGAAUUCACACGGGGGAGAAACUACACAAAUGCCUGGAGUGUGGAAAGAGCUUCUUACGAAAGACACAUCUCACUACUCAUCAGAGAAUUCACACUGGGGAGAAACCGCACACAUGCUUGGAGUGUGGAAAGGGCUUCAGUCAGAAGGCGCAUCUCACUACUCACCGAAGAAGUCACACGGGGGAGAAGCCACACAGAUGCUUGGAGUGUGGAAAGUGCUUCACAGAGAAAAGAGCUCUUACUUCUCAUCAAAAAAUCCACACGGGGGAAAAGCCACAUAAAACUUUCAAGCGUGGAAAGGCCUUUCCUCACAGUUGCGACCUUAUUACUAGGCCUACCCAAGGCAGAACGGCUGGCAGUAGCAACAGCUGCAGCAACACAGUCCAGACUGAUUUGCCCCCAGUCGUAUUAGUCCAUCUUCCUCCUAGUACUGCUUGUGUUGGACAACAUCAGCCACCUAUCCCGAUUCCUAACUUUCCUGAAUCUUCUGGUCGCGGGGACAAGCCUUCUCCUACUGCCGGGAUGUUGUUUGAGGAGGCAGGAGGCCCUGGCAGCAGCAGUCUUGCAGAGUCAUCUACUGUAGUGAGCAAAGGGAGAGAGCUUAGCCCACUGGUGGACAUCAGCUUAUCUGAGGAAGUGUCUGUGUUAGAUGCCCUCAGCUUGAUUGAAGGUGAAGAUCUCUUCCACUCCUCUUCCCUAGGCAGAGGUGCUUCUGUCUGGAACCCUGUGGAACAGGAGCAGCAAGAACACACCCCACCAGUGCCGCGAGGGGGUACCUCCUACGGUUCCCCCACUGCUCCUGGGGUGGCUGUGACCCCCCAGACCGAAAGCAGCCAGCCCGAUUCACCACAGAAGCGGCAGAGCAUCGUGUGGGACCACUUUGAGGUGGGAGUGGAUCCCAGCACCGCCGUCUGCAGCCACUGCAGGCGGGUCAUGAGCAGGGGCAGAGACGCAGCACAUUAUAGUACCAGCAGCCUGCGUUUGCACCUACAGAGGCAGCACCCGUCCAUCGUGCUAGGAGCACAGGAAGCCAAGUCCCAGCCGUCAGGGAGCAAGGGCAAAUGGGUGGAAACCUACCACAAAACAAGCCAGAGAAUUCUACUCCCACUUGCGUCCAUCUUGGCAUACAAGGGCCACCAACACAAUUUAGUGACCUAUUCCAGCCAGCCAAGAGGUUCCUCCCGCUCGGCUCUGCAAGGGUUAAGACGAAACCACAGAGCCAAGAUUCCUAGAGCGGAAGGGGGGGGGUUCCUGCGCGAGAGGAGGAGGUUCCGCUUCCUGUUCCUCUCCUUCCUUCCUGUGGGACGCAGUUGCUUUGCCUGGAGGCGCCUCUUUCCUCUUCUUCCUUGCGGAGGAGCUUCUCCCGUUCUUUCUCCGCAGGGGAGGCUGCCUCUCCUGCCGCCUCCAGGUCAGAUGCGGGGAAGGAGAGACGGAGGAAGGAGGAGGAGGAGGAGGAAUGGCUUGGUGAGCUUCGAUGAGGUGUCUGUGCGUUUCACCAACGAGGAAUGGGCCUUGCUGGAUCCGGGCCAGAGAGCUCUGUACGAGGAAGUCAUGGAGGAGAUUCGUGAGAUGGUGACAUCUGUGGGAGAUGUUUCGGAGUUCCUGACUGAAGGAGAACAAUCAGAACCAUCACGUGAAGGAGCUGAGGAGCAGAAGGAGCAACGGAAACAGCGGGUUCAAGUUGGAACCUACAGAAAGGAGGGGACCCAAAUGCAGAAGGUGGGGAGGGAAUCCACUGCUUCUCAGGUUAAUGAAAAUCAGAUUGGCAGAGAGAAGCAUGAAUGUACUGUGUGUGGAAAGAGAUUUCCUCAUCGCUCAACGCUUACUACACAUCAAAGAGUGCACUCGGGUGAAAAACCAUAUAAAUGCUGGGAGUGUGGAAAAAGUUUUAGGCAGAGUAGUAACCUUACUUCACAUCAAAGAACUCAUACAGGGAGGAAACCUCAUCAGUGCUUUGAGUGCGGAAAGAGCUUCAGUAACAGUGGCUCCCUUACUUCGCAUCAAAGGACUCAUACAGGGGAGAAACCUCAUAAAUGCUUUGAGUGUGGAAAGAGCUUCAAUCAGAGUGGCUCCCUUAGUAGGCAUCACGCAAUCCACACAGGGGACAAACCGUAUGAAUGCUUGAAGUGUGGAAAGUGUUUCCGUCAGAGGAGCAGCCUCACUAGACAUGAAAGAACUUACACAGGGGACAAACUGUGUGAAAGCUUGAUGAGUGGAAAGAGCUUCCAUCAGGGGAGCAUCCUCACUAGAGAUAAAAGAACUCACGCAGGUGAAAAACCUCACAAAUGUUUGUACUGUGGGCAGGGCUUCAGGCACAAAGGCACCCUCACAAGGCAUCAAAGAAUUCAUACAGGGGACAAACCUUAUGGGUGUUUGGAGUGUGAAAUGAGCUUCAGUCGCAAAGACUCCCUUAUUUUGCAUCAGAGUAGUCACACAGGAGAAAAACCUUAUAAAUGCUGGGAGUGUGACAAGAGCUUCCGUGAGAGUGGCGCCCUUAGUCGGCAUCAAAGAACUCAUACAGGGGAAAAGCCUUAUACCUGUUUUGAAUGUGGAAAGAGCUUCAGUCAGAGUUAUCACCUUAUUGAUCAUCAAAGAACUCAUAGGAGGAGAAACCUCAUUAAUGCUUUGGAAGAGCUUCAGAGACAUUAGCUCCCUUAAUAUGCAUCAUACAACCCACACAGGGGACAAGCCAUAUUACAGAUGUUUGGAGGGUGGGGAGAGCUUCCGAUAUAGUGACUCCCUCAUGAAGCAUCAAAGAAUUCAUACAGGGGACUGUAUGCAGUGUUGAAAGAGUUUCAGUUGCAAAGACUCCCUUAGGUAAAGAUAAAGGGACCCCUUACUGUUAAGUCCAGUUGCGAACGUCUCUGGGG